GACGAGGUGAGCGCCGUCGUGCUCGACAUCGGCACGUCGACGACCAAGUGCGGCUUCGCCGGCGAGGACAGCCCCAAGUUUGUGGUGCCGUCGAGUGUGGGCGUGGUGGGCGGGGAGGAGGGCGCCUCCUCGGACGGCGCGACGCGGCUGGUCGGCACGAGCGCCCUCGGCGUGCGGCGCGACGGGAUGCGGGUCGAGUCGGCGCUAACUGACGGGAUCGUCACCAACUGGGACGCGGCCGAGGCGCUCAUCUCGCACGCGUACAAGAGCUGCCUGUGCACGUCCGCGGCGGAGCAUCCGGUCCUGAUGGCCGAGCCCUCCUUCAACACGCCCGCCGCGCGCGAGAAGAUGGCGGAGCUGCUGUUUGAGCAGUUCAGCGCGCCGGCGCUGUUCCUCUCGAAGGCGACAAACGCCUCCUCGCCGCCGCCUCUCUCCCUCGCUCUCCCCUCACCGCUGCCCCCCCCUCUCUCGCCGCUGCUUCUCCCACAGGCGUCCGCCGUCGCAGUCCACGAUGGGUACGUGCUCAACAAGCCGCUGCGCCGCUCGCCCCUCGGAGGGGACCGGAUCGCAGAGCUCAUGCGCUCUCUCCCUAGAUGCUCUGCACCUCUCUCUGCAACUCGCCCAUGGGUCGCGUCCGCGUGGGAGUACGAGCUGCCGGACCGGUCGACGGUCGACCUCGCCUGGGAGAGGCGCCGCCGCCUCGCCACCCUCCCUAGACCUCUCCUCGACCUCGCCUGGACCUCGCCUGGACCUCUCCUAGACCGCCUCGCACCCUCUCCUACCCCCUCUGCCCACCACACGCACACGACACAGUCCACCCCCUCUCUACCCCGCCCGCCAGGCUCCACCUGCCCGAGCUCCUCUUCACGCCUGGCCUGCUCCGCACCGCGCGCGCCCCCCGCCACGGCGCAGCGCGACGCGCUCGCCUCCGCCGUGCCGGACGGGCAGCUUGGGCUGCCCGAGAUGGUCGCCGACUGCAUCCGCGCGUGCGACACCGACAUGCGCCGCGAGCUGUGGGGCGGGAUCGUCGUGAGCGGCGGCGGCUCGCUGCUCCCUGGCCUCACCGACCGGCUGCAGGCGCGGCUCGGCGAGAUCGUGCCGCAGACCUCGAUGAAGGUCAAGAUGAUCGCCGCGACAGCGCCCGCCGAGCGCCGCUUCGCCGUCUGGAUCGGCGGAUCGAUCCUGGUGUCGCUCGGCUCUUUCCAGCAGGCGCGGGGCCGCACCGCCACCGAAACCCGCCACUGCCCCCCCCCCCCAACCCCCACCCCGCCCCGCGUCGCCCAGACCCUCCCUCCCCUCCGCCGCAGCUCUGGCUCUCGAAGCAAGAGUACGACGAGCAGGGCGCGAGUGCCAUUCACCGCAAGUGCCCUUGAGCACGGCCACCCGCCGCGCCUUUCCCUGGGUUUGGGGCUUGCUGCUUGUACUCGAGCACAGCAAUCGGCUGGGCCUGCGGUCGCGCAGGUGGUCCGGGCGGCCGCGGUCGAAACCGGUCCGCGGUUGCGGAUCUCGCAUGCACCAUGCAUCAGGCUACAUAUUGUCUGCCGUUUUUGGAGAGCCCAGAGCAGUCGGUUGUGGCUUUUCCUUUUGCGUUUGGAUCCGUCUCACACGCGCACUCGAGAGAGAGAGAUUUUUAGCAAUACCAAACAACUCUAA